ACACUAUUUCCAUUUGUCUUCCCUUGGUUUCUCAAGAACCUGAGGUCCCUGCAUCUCUGGAGCCCUUGACCCAGCCCAUAUAACCCAUCCCUGGCAUUGACAAAGCCCUUUUCCUGCCUUCUCACAGCUGGAAAAGGAAGCAAACCUGACAAAGGCAGUGAGACCUAUCCCUCUGGCCUCAAGAUUCAAUUCUAUCUCACCUGGGCAAGAAUGUCUAGCUGCUGGCUGGGGAAGGACAGGACUAAUGCCCCCGGGAUCAGACACUUUACAGGAGGUGGAACUGACACUAAUGAAUCCCAGUGACUGCAAAGAUUUUGGCUCUUUUGAUGAGAGAUCCCAGUUGUGUGUAGGGAAUCCCAACUCAAGGAAAGCAAUAUUUAUGGGAGAUUCUGGAGGCCCCCUCGUUUGUUGUGAUGUGGCCCAAGGCAUUGUCUCCUAUGGAAACAAAAAUGCAAAACCACCUUCAGGCUUCACAAGAAUUACACAUUACCGCUCCUGGAUUGAUCAAAUCCUAAAGGCAAAUUAGCUCAUGUGGCCCUGGCUCAGCAAAAAGGAAUCUCCCUCCUAGGGCCCAGCCUCCUCUCUGGGACUGUCCCUCUGCCUGCCCAGCUUCAUCCCAGAGUCUAAGAUGUGUGGGGGAGGGGAGGAGGGUAAAGAGUAUGAAGAGUUAUUCUGGACAUUGAACUGAGGGUCGACUAUGACUGCAAUAAACCAAAGCAUCCAGG